AUGCCAAGAUUCAAGGAAGGACGAUCUUUCGUGAUGUACCCCAACGAAGAACUUUUUUCAGAAGUGGAUAUGGUGUACCUGCGGAUGACACGUAAAAAACGUCAACAUCUUGCCCUAUCUUCUGAAGUAGUCACGGAGAACCGUUUUCGCCUCUUUGGUCACGUUUUGAGAAGACCAUCUAAUCGUCUUGUUCAAGUUAUCUUGAAGAUGCUUCCAAACGGUAUUUGGAAAAGACCACCUGGUCGUGAAAAAAAAGUUAGGACCGAGGUGGUGAAGGAAGAUCUGAGCAUACUUGGCGUUGACAAGCAGUUGGGGCGUUUGCGCUAA